AUGCGCAUGGUUGAGAGGGACGAGGCAUCUCGCAUGGUUUACCAUAUGAUAAUUGCUGUGAUAUCAUAUAUAACUUUCUUCUAUAAUACGACGUUCCGAGAUACAGGAGCAGCAGAUGACACGUCAAUGACACUGAACAUGAUCGGAACAGUUGUAAUGAACAUGUCAGGACUAUUGCUUGGCUGUCUGUAUCUCUUCUUGCGAUCAAGCAGAUCCCCAACCGGCUGUUCUGAUGACGACAUUGAAGCGUCUCAGGGUUUCAGAAAAUGGGGUGAUGACCAGGAUCAAGAGCCUCCAACCCCUGGGUCUGCGAUGCUACAGCCUCUUGAUCUUCCCAAGCUGGCUCACAAGGCUGAAAGCAAAGAAGAUCUGACGCUGGACGACAGAGUGGAAGACAAAGUGUUUGGUGCACGCAAGGACUUCCUCAACCGUGGCCUGAAGCCCCUGCGAUUGGGAAGUAUGCGUAACUCAGGCGGUCUUCCAUCCACACCGAAGCCUGUACGGACAUCAUCAAAGGAGUCCAUAAAAAACUUCAAGAGGAGCAUGUACAGCAUUUUCCCCAAAGCCGAGCCACCUAAGUCGCCCAUCCUUUUGCCGACAACAACCUACAAAGAGUCUACACCCAAGAAAACACCGGCGCUUCAAAAUUUAGCUGACGAACUUCUUGCACCUCCUGCCCUCCGUCUUCCAGAUAAAAGAUUUCGGUCAAGUGGUGCUUCUAUGCUCUCAACUGCAACUGUGCAGAUUGGUCUGCGCCUUUCCAACAUCGGCGAUAUGCGCCCCGCCAAACCGGAGCUCAAGCUAGACACAAAUACAAACCAAGUGCACAACCUUGACUGCCCCAACAGUACAGUAAGGUUCUUCCCAAGAAAAACGAGUCCACUUGCCAUUGCCAUCGUCGAUGUCCCAGGCGAGGGCACUAGGUAUAAGAUUCAGGACAACUUUGAUGAGAGACUAUCCGAGAAGGAACUUCCACCAGUUCCUCUCAGCGCGGGUAUGAAUACUCCGCCGGAGACAACUCUCAGUUCCGCUGUAUAUAGCCCCCAGGAGAAAACGCCCGUCUCAGCCUCGCAUAAUCCCAGGGCUGGAUCAGCCAGUUCUUCGACAGGGCUCAAGAAGUAUGGGAGAGCCAAGCAGACUUGCCAGCCGUCAGAACUCCAGGGUCGUACCAGAGGUUGGCAGAAUGCAUAG